AUGACUCCAAUUAAGAAAGCGCUUGCAGCAGUUGAUGCGCAAGAUCCCAAAGAACGACUUUCGUAUAGAGCAGCUGCGAAAAAGUUUGGUGUUGUGUUGUCAACGUUGACGCGCCGCCACCACAAACAAACCCAGUCCUGUGCAGCCGCCGCAGAAAACACGAAAUUACUCACUACACAACAUAAAGCUGAGCUUGUAAAGUAUAUAUAG